CUAGACAGAUGUCACAGACUAUCCAGACCUCCUCUGCCUUCAUUUGGGGAGUAUCUCUUGCUCACUUCAUCCAAAAACACGAGUCAAGAUGCCUCACGCUUACCCAUUCCUCACUCCAGAGCAGAAGAAGGAGCUGAGUGAUAUUGCUCAGAGGAUUGUCGCCCCUGGCAAAGGCAUUCUUGCUGCGGAUGAGUCUACAGGUAGUGUGGCCAAGCGGUUCCAGAGCAUCAAUGCUGAGAACACAGAGGAGAACAGGAGACUGUACCGCCAGCUUCUGUUCACCGCAGACGACCGCGUCAAGCCCUGCAUCGGCGGCGUCAUCCUCUUCCACGAGACCCUCUACCAGAAGACAGAUGAUGGCAAACUCUUCUCCCAGCUCCUUAAGGAGAGGGGCAUGGUAGUUGGCAUCAAAGUGGACAAGGGUGUGGUUCCCCUGGCUGGCACUAAUGGAGAGACCACCACACAAGGUCUGGAUGGGCUGUACGAGCGCUGCGCUCAGUACAAGAAAGACGGGGCAGACUUUGCUAAAUGGAGGUGUGUGCUGAAGAUCACCCCCACAACCCCCUCAAGACUGGCCAUCAUUGAGAACGCCAAUGUGCUCGCCCGUUACGCUAGCAUCUGCCAGAUGAAGGUUCUGGCUGCCAUGUACAAGGCCCUGUCAGACCACCAUGUGUACUUGGAGGGCACUCUGCUCAAACCCAACAUGGUGACCGCCGGGCAUUCGUGUUCCCAGAAGAACACCCCUCAGGAGGUCGCCAUGGCCACUGUCACAGCUCUUCGCCGCACCGUUCCUCCCGCUGUGCCUGGUGUCACCUUCCUGUCUGGAGGCCAGAGUGAGGAGGAGGCCUCACUCAACCUGAAUGCCAUUAACCAGUGUCCCCUGAACAAGCCCUGGGCCCUGACCUUCUCCUACGGUCGUGCGCUGCAGGCCUCUGCCCUCAAAGCCUGGGGUGGCAAGAAGGAGAAUGGCAAGGCCUGCCAGGAGGAGCUCGUAAAGAGAGCUCUUAACAACAGCCUGGCCUGUGUUGGGAAGUAUGUGUCCGCAGGAGAUAAGGGUUCUGCUGCUGGAGAGUCUCUCUUUGUGGCCAACCAUGCCUACUAAUCACCAGGAAGCCUUUUCCAUUUCAAUCCUCAUCAUAUUCCUAAAGAAUGAAUGAACCCCAACGCAUCUAUACCCUAAACUCAUCAUUUGACCCAUUCCCUUUUUCUUUCUAGUGUUUGCUACUUUUCCAUGUGUGAAAACAAAACCAUGAAACUAAGAGAUCAUACGUUUUUGCCCUAAUCUCCUCCCUCUUCCUUCUUUUAAUAGCACUCCAAUGUAUUGUAAUGUUUACCUCUUUAGAGAAACGUUGCUCUUGUACUUGUAGUACUUAUAAUAACUGUAUUUGACUUGCACAAAGCACAUAUACCUUUCAGAGGUAUAUUAUUGUUGUUAUUGUUUAAUAUGAUACACACUGGGGGGAAAAAAACAUUAAA